UGUUCUUUGAAAAUAGGAAAGAAUCGGAGGCUGAAGCAGGCAAAAGAAGAAGCCCAGGCAGAGAUUGAGCAGUACCGCCUGCAGAGGGAGAAGGAGUUCAAAGCCAAGGAAGCAGCGGCACUUGGAUCUCAUGGCAGCUGCACUACUGAAGUUGAGAAAGAGACCCAGGAAAAGAUGAGUGUGAUCCAGCAGAACUUCCAGAAGAACCGUGAGGUGGUCCUCUCCCAGCUGUUGUCGCUAGUGUGUGACAUCAAACCUGAAAUCCAUGUGAAUUACCGCAUCAAUGGGUAGUAGUGGACGAAGGAAUAAGCAUACUGGAAAUGCUGGUAGUAACGUCUGAGCUUCCAGUGGAAUGUACAGCCCUUAGCCAUACCUUAACUGUUCUUCUUGUAAAUGUGUUAAAUUAUUUCAGUGAGUUGUAGGCCAUCAAUAUCUUGUUGGAGCUUGUUAGUUUCUCUCUUGACACGGAUUCAGAGCUUAUUCAAAUAUUAAAUGGCCAUGUCUCAAAUCUGUGCUAAGUUAUUAAAUAUAUAUUCAAGUUGGCACAUUAAUGCUCCCUUUUUAUCUGGAUAGUGAGAGGCUUUCCUCUGAGAAGUAGAGAGAGAGAUGCUGGCC